AUGGGGCUCAUGAAACGUGUCCGUGAGACUCACCAGCGCGAGACAGACCAGACGGGUAGCUGUGAGCCAGAGGCACAAUCUAAGUUGCCAAAUCUACAGGAAAUGGUUGACGGGGGUCGCUUUUUGGCUGAUCCAGAUGGCCAACGACGAUUCAUCGGGAACGCCUCGGGUGCUGCAUUCCUGGACCAACUUCGAGAGUUUGCAAGCACUGUUCUCCCACUUGUCUGCAGAGGGGAUAACAGCCUACGCCCGUCGCAAAUUCAAGAUUCAUUUUCUAAUCUCCUUGGCCGAUAUCAGACUCAUGACUCUCGACCUUUGCAACUUCCAUUGGUGGACCCCUACUACCUUCCCCCAAUCGAAGAGGCAGAGAGACUUCUAUCCACUUUGUCCGUUCCCACGGAGGGAGCGAGUAAUGCAAGCUUCUUUUACUGGGGCCCAUUACCUGAUAUCAUGAGACAGGUCUAUUCUGGGAAUACGUUGAACGAUGUCUAUACCCAUUCCAUCCAACUCGCGACACUCAACGCCGCCAUGGCCCUUGCCACCCAGCAGUCAUCAACUUGGCUAUCAGAACUGCAGACUGGAGAGGCUUACUUUGCGCGUGCCUAUAUUUUGCUAGGGAGACCACUAGACACUGCAACCCGAACUCAUGUCCCUUGUCUCUCUAUGAUAGGAUAUUAUCUCUUAGGCGCGAACAGACGGGACGCGGCUUACUCUUAUAUCCGGCUCGCUGGUCACAUCGCCGUCACUUAUGGCUACUACCAGAGCUGGAUGACGACUGAGGCAGAGAAACGAGAGUUUUGGACAGUCUACGUGCUGGAAAGAGACUUACCUAAUCCAGAGGGGCUGAGGCUCCAUGUGAAGCUUGCUCAAAUUAUCGAGUGUGCAGUUGAGAAGAUCUACGGAUAUGGUGGUCGCGGAUCGAAGAACCCUGGAUUAGCGCAUAUAUACCAUUUUCUGGACGAGUUGGGUAACUGGCGCUCCGAAGUCCCUCCUGCUUUCGAUAUAGAUGGCUACUUGCUGUCAGAAGCGGCUCGAGAUAUCCUGUCUCUACAUAUGGCAUACAACCAGGCAAGGAUUCUUGUCACACGCCAGAUCCUUUUUUCGGCGGUUCGGCAAAAUGUGGCUAGAAGUUUCGUCCCCAGUUUGGGUAAAGUCCACUCCCCGGACCAACACCUUGUCAGAAUUUGCAGAGCUGCGGCCUACGAAAAUGUGCAGCUGCUUCAUCAUCUUUUUGAGACUGUUAACAGCGGAGACUCAACGUUUGGAAUCAUUGAUUAUCACAACGCCUUCAAUGCUGGGAUUAUUCUUGAGCUUGACCAUCUACACAGAACUGCAAACUCAUCAUAUGGUAAUACGGAACAAUUCAGCUGUGUUCUGAACGUUCUUCAGGGUGCGGGACAGAAUGGGAAUGAAUUCGCCCGAGACUGCUCCAUCGUGCUAGCGGACCUCCACCAGCUAGGUGGAAAGCUGAUACAGGAGAUGUCACGCCAAAACCAAACGACCACUUUGCCAUUGAAAAGCCAGACUGACCAAGAAUCUGGUAACCUCCCUCCUCGUGCAUUUGACGUACCCGAUGCGCCGCUCGCGAGCCCGACACCGAUAGACUCGUACCCAGAAUUCAACCUGGAAAGUUUACUUGAAGAAUUCACGAACUGGUUAGAAGCGGGCCCAUUUUGA